UCAAACCAAAGGACAGCAUCACAGAGAGGAUCUUGUCUUACAGCAGAGACACACACUCGGCAGGACGCUGCUCUUAACACACACACACACACACACACACACACUGUAAAGCUGCAGAUAUGAUGCACGUUGCUUUUCUUCUCCUGGUCGUCUUCACAGUAGCUGCGGAGCCCUCUAAGAAAGUGUGCAGCUACCAGGACAUUCUGGAUUACCUGAACCUGACCACAAAUAACAGCGUGUUUAAACUGACCCGACCCGUUCUGGACUACACACACCCAACCACGGUGGAGCUGGACAUCAUCCUCUUCGCCAUCCUGGCUGUGAUUGAGAAAACACAAACUUUCAUUCCUUUCGUCUGGGCAACGAUGAUGUGGAACAAUGAACGCAUCUCAUGGGACCCUGCUCAGUUUUGUGGAAUCCGUCAGAUUGCUGUUCCUAGAGACAUGCUCUGGAGACCAGACCUCUUCAUCUAUGAGAUGAUACAGAAGGACGACUCCCCUCUGAAUCCCUACAUGCACGUGUCCUAUGACGGGAUCGUGACUUCUGAGGAGGACAUGAGGGUGGUGAGCACCUGUAAGAUGGACGUCCACAAGUUCCCCUUCGACACGCAGAGAUGCAACAUCACCGUCGGCUCUGCAGCACAUUGUAUUGAUGAAAUCCGGCUCUUCCCUUUCUCCAACUCCUCCCGAGCCACGCAGUUUUCCCGCGAGGUGAUGAAGACGCAGGGGGAGUGGGAGUUCCUCCAGCUGUCCGUGAACAGCUCCAAUUACACCAUCCACGAUAGACAGUGGGAACUGCUCGUAUACACUUUCACCAUGAAGAGGAGGCCUCUCCUCCAUGUCAUCAACUUCCUGUUGCCCAUCCUGUUCUUCCUGAGUCUGGACCUUGCCUCCUACUUCAUCGCAGACCAUCGGGGAGAGAAGUUAGGCUUCAAAGUCACCGUGCUGCUGGCCAUCUCCGUACUGCUGCUCAUCCUGAAUGAAAUCCUGCCCUCCAUGUCCAACAAUACUCCACUCAUAGCGACCUACUGCAUUGUGAUCUUUGCUCUGAUGCUGCUCAGUCUGCUGGAGACCAUCUUGGUUACAUAUCUGAUGGAGAAAGACUCCGCAUCCCAGGAGCUCAGCCUGAGGGAAAACUGCAAGGGCAAACAGGAAAAAGUCAAAAUCGAUGAAUGUAACACAGAUGAGAACAGAAAAACCUGCUGUUCAUGCAUCUGUAAAGCGUCUGACAGUGAGAAACAACAUGAAAUGCUGCCUGUUGCUGAAGAGGUGAACAACCGCAUUCAGUCUGGAGAGUCUCAUGUGUUACUGUUGAUCCUGGAGGAGCUGCAGGAGCUGCAGAAAGCUCUGAAUCUGCACCUCAGCUGCAGAAAGGAAGGAGGAAAGUCCUUCCAAUGGGCCCAAAGGAUCAACAGAGCCUUCUUCAUAUUCUACGUCACCACUGUGUCGCUGUUUCUACCCUUCAUCUUCAUAGAGUGGAACUCUUAAAGGUGUAAAAUAAAACCAUGUAAUACUUCAGUUUCUGUAUUGUACCUUUACACGUGCUGUGAAACUGUAAAAUUAUAUCGUGUUGUGAUUAUAAAAGCAAACUUUGUGUAUUUAAAGUAUCUCGUUCUAAAUCUCUUUUAUGUGGUUUACGUGGAUUGUGCUGUCGAUGAAAGCUUUGUUCAUUCAGUUUAAUGCAUUGUUUUGAAUACGAUGGUAUAAAAAUGUGUAAUGAAGAAUCUAUGUUUGUUCACAGCAACAGAUGAAAGAUAAAGUGAAAAGUUACAUGUUGACUUUCAAAAAAAGAAAAAAGACGACAUCAAUAAAACCUAAAAUAUAAACCUACUGGAGUCUUUUGACAGCAAAUGUGAAUUCAUGAUGAAUCUGUAGGCUAA